AGGAAAUCAUGGUGUUCGCUCCAGGUGAGAAAACUGGAAAUGAGCCUGAAGAGGUGAGGUUGCAGAAAGCCAGCAAACAGAUUGUGCAGAAUGCCAUCCUGCAAGCUGUGCGGCAAGUCUCCCAGGAGAGCCGGCAGAGGGACGAGAGAGACAGUGAUGACCGGGGCGGCUUCCAGCUAGGUGUGGGGGCAUUGACCAAGAAGCGUGAAAAGAAGUAACACAGUGGAUUUGGCGCUUGUCAUAUGCUUGUCUUCCAGACUUCCUCUUAGUAUAGGAUGCGUCGCCAUAAUGCUGCCAGUAAAGCAAACCAAAGUGUCAUUGGCACCUAGCUGUAAAAUGAAUUCAUACUAGCCCUUGGUUCAGAAGUACUGUUUUCAAAAAGUGCAUUAGACGAUUCUGUUUAUAUCAAUGCAGUGCUUCUGACACCCUGUGGGGUGAAACAAGACACUGUAAUUGCAAAAGUAGUUUUGCAGCACAAUUUAUUUUUUAAGUUCUUUUUAACAAAAUAGUUGUCUUAUUUAUUUACUCCUCCCUUUUAUGCAUUCUUUCUGUGACCAGCAGUCCCUUCACCAGCAGUCCCUUUUGCUGUAAUACCGAGUAUAGUACUGCAUUCAUUAUAUUUUUGAAGACUUGGGAAAAAGGGAAAGAAUGAAGUUUGUCACUUUCAAAUAUGGAGUCGAAGGUCAAAUUAAGCAGAGGCAAAGUCUAACACUGAAUCUUAUCAAGGCAUAUAUUUAUAUUACUUUUUUAAAGGGGGAGUUUAGCUUUUUAAGAACUGUCUUUUGGUUUCAGUUGUUUGAUAGUUGGUGUUUACUCUCUGUGCAGAAAUCAUUUAGAAAUGUUGUGGAUUUUUUUCAUCUCAAAAUUAAAAUACGACAAGUACAUCUAUGUACAUAAGCUGCCAGUGACUCAGUUCCUCAGCAGCCCCAUCAGUAGCCACUAGAAUUGCAGAUUCCACCCUAGAGAUGCACUGCGGUCUGCCUCUGGGGAGCAGCGUCUCUGGAAGGGUCUGCGGGGCCUAUAAAUGCCGCGUUGCCAUCAGCUAUGCCUUUGUACUAGUGCAUUGCUGAUAAGAACUUUCCUUUUCCCAUUCACAAAUGAGAAUCAUUUUCUCGAGAUUAUGAAAAUCAUAUGUAUCAGAAAUGAUUAACAAUUCACAUGGGGAGGCCAUUAAAAUACAGUCUCUGAAGCAUAAAAAUCCAGUGGGAACAAUGAAGUGACAGUGUUGCGAAUGCAGUGACAGUGAUGUAUGUGGGCAUGAAUAGAGCUCCCUAUUGCAGCAGUGUGACUUCUGCUUCAUUUCCAUGUGGAUAAUGCAGAUCUUUCUGGAGGUUUUGGAGUCCCAUUUCCUGGGCUGCAUGACAGUCAUUGAAUUGGUGUUACUGAGUGAAGAGGAAGAUUUUGACCUGUGUAAUAAACUUUUGGCUUCAGAGUACCAAUGGUUACAUUUGAUAGUUUUUUAAAAAGCCAAGUAUUCGCAAAUAAAGUAUGACUAUAUUAAGACAUAGUUUUAAAAUUCCAAUGUUACAUAUCUUUCAGAAUGGAUACUACCGAUAAUGAUACAUAAAUGAACACAAUCUCUUAUCAGCUCUGCUACACUAUCUCACCAUGUACAUAUGGCACAAAUUCAUGGGGGAAAUGGCUGUGGGAGAAAGCAGAGGGCUUAAAAUUUAAAUAUGGCUUCUUCAUAACAUUUUUUUUUAGAUUUUAUUUAUUUAUCUUUAGAGGGGAAGGGGAGGAGAGAGGGAGAGAAAUAUCAAUGUGUGGUCGCCUCUGGUGGGUCUCCUGCCAGGAACUGGCCUGCAACCCAGGCAUGUGCCCUGCCUGGGAAUCCAGCCGUGAUCCUUUUGUUUGCAGGCCUGUGCUCAAUCCACUGAGCUACACCAGCCAGGGCUAUUCAUACAAAUUUUUAACACAACUCAUGACAAUUAAAGAAUGAGUUUAAGCUGAGCUGAUGGAAUAUCACUGAUGUGACAUAGCUGCACAGUGUAGACAGUAGGAAUGGAGGUAUUGAGGAAAAUUAUCCAAGAGUAUUCAUAAAUAAAAUAUAAACCCAUGCUUGUAGUUUGCAAGUACUUGGCACUAUGUCUACGAAGCCUUUUGGAUAUAACCAACCUUGGACCUUGCUGUCAUACGGAAACACAGAAACAUGCUUUCUUUCUUCUCUGGUGUGUCUGUGCUAACACACUGGGGAUCUUUGGAGACAUCUGGCUAACCUCUGUAUCUUAGUGUUAUU